CGGGCAGAGCCCCGGGCACCGCCACCACCGAGAGAUACCUGCUGUGCCCAAGAAGGCUGGCGAAUGGGAAAAGAGUUUGGGAAGAAGCAUGAGGUGACCGUGAACUUCCAGAAAUCCUGAAGACUUGCAGGGACAGACCACAGCAUGUGAGCAGAAGGGGAAGCCUGGAGAGGGAUCCCUGCCUCGACGUCGCCGGGGCUGCAUCUUGCAAGAAGAGGAAGAGGAAAAACCCCUUCACUCACCAUUCCUGAAAAUGGGAGGCAGCAGCUGCCCAGCAGAGCAGGAAGGGAAGCUCCAGACCGUGCCUGUGGGGCAUCCCUGGGAGCGUGGCAGCCGUGGUGCCGCAGCGGUGUGUCAGUGAGGGCUGCCGGGGCGGCGCGGGGAGCCGGGGGGGCAGCAUGCUCUUCCACAACCGCAAGACCCAGCUCCUGCUGGUCAACUCCCUGACGUUCGGCCUGGAGGUCUGCCUGGCCGCGGGGAUAACCUACGUCCCUCCGCUGCUGCUGGAAGUGGGUGUGGAGGAGAAGUUCAUGACCAUGGUUUUAGGGAUAGGACCUGUCCUUGGCUUGGUUUUUGUCCCGCUGAUUGGAUCCGCCAGCGACCACUGGCACAGCAGCUAUGGCCGAAGGAGACCUUUCAUCUGGAUGCUGUGCCUGGGCGUCCUGCUGAGCCUCUUCGUUAUCCCUCACGCCAGCAGCCUGGCCGGCCUCUUUGCCCUCAACACUCGCCCGCUGGAGAUCGCCUUCCUCAUCCUGGGCAUCGGGCUCCUGGAUUUCUGCGGCCAGGUCUGCUUCACACCGCUGGAAGCCCUGCUCUCAGACCUCUUCCAGGAGCCGGACAACUGCCGCCAGGCCUUCUCCAUGUAUGCCUUCAUGAUCAGCCUGGGGGGCUGCAUCGGCUACCUGCUUCCAGCCAUUGACUGGGGGGGCAGCUUUCUGGCCCUGUACCUGGGAGGGCAGGAGACCUGCCUCUUCAGCCUCCUCGCCGUCAUUUUCUUCGGCUGUGUGCUGGCCACGCUCUUCGUGACGGAGGAGGCAGCCACCCAGGCAGAUGUCCUGGAUGGCCCCCAGCUGAAGGAUGCUCCCCCGAAGCCCUCCCCUCCUGCCUGCUGCUCUUGCCAGCUCUCCCGGAGCUCCUGUCUCCUGCAGGCCAGGCGGGUGAUGCAGGCUCUGAGAAACCUCUGCACGCUGGUGCCGCGGCUUCACAGCCUCUACUGCCGCAUCCCCAAGGUCAUCCGGCGCCUGUUCGUGGCCGAGCUCUGCAGCUGGAUGGCACUUAUGACUUUCAUGCUGUUCUACACAGACUUUGUGGGAGAAGGACUGUACCACGGUGUCCCCAGAGCCAAGCCUGGCACGGAUGCCAGGCGCCACUACGAUGAAGGUGUCCGGAUGGGUAGUUUGGGCCUCUUCCUGCAAUGUGUCACAUCCAUCUUCUUUUCGACAAUCAUGGACCGGCUGGUGAAGCAGUUUGGGACGCGGACGGUCUACCUGGCCAGCGUGGUCUUCUUCCCUCUGGCUGCCUUCGUCAUGUGCCUUUCCCACAGCGUCAUCAUCGUUACCAUCUCAGCUGCUCUGACGGGCUUCACCUUCUCUGCACUCCAGAUCCUGCCCUACACACUGGCAUCGCUGUAUCAUCAUGAAAAACAGGUAUUUUUGCAUAAAUACAAGAGCAAAGAGGAGGAAGACGCAGCUCGACUGAACAAGAAACCAGCCUUCUCCAAAGGCCUCCUUUCCAGCCAGAAGCUGCCUUACCAGAACGGACAUGCUGGGAGCCUCUUCUCCUCCUCCUCCUCUUCCUCCUCCUCGCCCCCGGCCGCCGGCUCGGCUCUGUGUGUCACCUCCUCCUGCGAGGUCUCCCUCAUGAUGAUGGUGGGAGAACCGGACUCGGUGGCUCCGGGCCGAGGGAUCUGCCUGGACCUGGCUAUUUUGGACAGUGCUUUCCUCCUCUCUCAGGUUGUCCCCUCCCUCUUCAUGGGGUCUAUCGUCCAGUUUACGCAGUCGGUGACGGCCUACAUGGUGUCAGCCGCCGGCCUCGGCCUGGUAGCCAUUUACUUUGCAACCAAAGUUGUCUUUGAUAAGAGUGACAUGGCCAAGUACUCGGUGUGACGUGGAAGGCACAAGGGCAGGGUGCAGGUGCCUGCUUGUGACCAAACGAGACGUGUGUGUGUUCACAUGGCCGCUUAUGGGGUACCAUAUGGGGUACCUGCUCUCCCCACCCUGUUGCUCGUAGCCCUGGGGGGCUACUUGUGGGGCUGGGGGCAGGAGAGAUGCAGUGGGGCGAAUCUCAGGUGUAAAUACGAGGCAUCGGGGCAUUGUGCUUCGGGCCCUAAGUGCUUUCCAAAGGUGCCUUUAUCAAAAGAAAGCACUGCACAGCCAGCACCAAAGGGGGUUGUACAGGGGAGAGAAAGGAAAUGGGCUUUUCCUUUAAUAACGGGUCGUGUUUCUGUGUAAUUCUACCUAAACCAAGCUGGGGAGGGGAGGAAGGAAUCAUCGGCUCUCCUGUUUUCCAGUUAUAGCUGUGUCCUCUUCCCCGGCUUGUUGUCGUUUUACUCAACUUCUUGAGCAAUACUUCUGCAAAUAGGACACUGGGAGGAGAUUUCCUUGGAAAAAAAAAAAGACAGGUGGCUAAGGUUUGGCCACGGAGCAGAGGGGGUGCACGUGUGCGUACGCUUCCGUCCUUCCCCACUUCUUCUGACCGGGAGAAACCAUUCAGGAGAAAAGUUACUAUGUCUUGUUUUAGAAAAACAAGUAACAUUCCAUUAGGACCAAUUCCAAAAGGUGACUUAUCUUUUACCUAUGUACCAAGUUGCAUUAGGUGGAAAGGACUUCUUAACUAUUUUUUUUUAAAAAAAACAAUUCUUUUUAGCUUUUCUUACACAGUUCUCAGUAACUGUG